GAGAAAUAUAUACUGUAGGCCUAGCUUGAGUAAAACGUAAACUCGACAGCAUUAGACUGAAGUCAUGGAAGUUCCCGUUACUUAAGCCUGCUUAGCUUGGCCUAACGUUAGGCGUACUUGAGUUCGGCAUGUUCGAGUCUACUCACUACUACUCCGUGUGACUCGGAGUUCUGCAACUUGCAAGUAACUUUCAUGCCUAUCACAAUAGGCCAAGGCCCAAAUGAUCUGGGCCUAGGUAUCUGUUUAGUUGAGAAUGGAUGCCCCUGAAGAUUCACCGCCUGAUAAAAGUGAUAUUCAGUGCAUCACUGUUACAGUCAGGUGUGGUGGAAGUAACGUCAUAGACAGUCUAAUAAUGCCAGGAUGUGACCAUUGGUGGAGGUCCCAACUGUUCGUCCUCUCAACUGAGAGCAAGGCUCACACUCAAGAAGUGAAGCAUUUAUGGAACAUGACAACCAAUUCCUUCAAGGUACCAAAAUUGGCAGAGUCACAAGGAACAAUCAGUUUGGCAGACACAGACUCCAAAGCAGAUCCUGAAGAGAAUGAUGAUGGGACUUGUGCAAGUCUAACACUUAACGUGGCUAUGGACCCAAUGCUAGCAUCCUGUCUUACAAUGGAGUUACGGAGAUCAAGAAGUUUUGCAUCCUCUUUCCGAUGCUAUCUGCUGACCAGAAUACACUCACGAGCAGCUGCUGACAAUGGAGGAUUCCAGAUACAAAGGAGAAAGGAACAAGACUAUGGUUUGGCCUCAGACGACGAGUGCUGUGUAUGUAGGCAUUUAUACCUGGGAUUAUGGCUGAGCAGAACCAGAAAGUAUUUCCAGAUGGAGCCUGAUAUCAGAUGGAGUGAUCGGAUGUUGCCUCAAUGGAUCAGGCGAGUGCAGAUGGAGGAAGCCUUCUCGUGGCUGUCCACUCUGGGCGGAGCUUACUCCUCGUUGGGCGACAAUAUGUAUAACUGUGCUCUGGAGGCUGGCAGGGUGGCUCUCCGACAGUUGUAUCUAGCGGAAUGCCUAGGAGAUGCCAUGCUGAGGUCUCGCUGCCUGCUGUACAUUGCAUUGAGUCUCAUGCAAAGGGGCAAGUUGGCCAAAGCAAAGAGUCUGGUUAGACAACAGUACAAGUUUGCUACUGCCAAGACGGAGUAUGUGGACACCAGACUAGUCUGCAUGUGUCAAGGCAUUUGGCACCACCUGCGACACCACUACGCCAAGAGGAAGGAGACAUGACACUGAUUCAAAAGUCAGCGCCAUCAGGGUAUCAUAUGCAUUGAAGUUUGAGUGCUCCAAACACUUUCUCGAUGCAAUGCGUGUAUUGUCAGAACUCAGAGGCUUAAAAUUUACACCACAAAGGGGGGCACAAAUCAGGAAGGAUUCCAGCAAGCUGGAAUGCACUUUUGUUUUGUGUUGGCGAGGCAAACCCAAGCUGAAUGAAAAUAAAGUACAAUGAAGAUGCUCAUCUCAGCAUACAUUCUAAUAGUUUAAUAACAAUUUCUAUCGAUUUUUGCACACUAAGUGUAUGUAUUUAUUAAGCAAAAUGCUUCUAGUUCCAUUUUUAUUACUGUUUCACCAUUUCCAUGAAAGCCAGAUCAAAACCAGGUUUUCAGUAUUAAAGACUGACUGUUGUUCUGUUUCUGUUCAUGUUGUGAUAAAAGAAAAGGUAACAUUUGUUAACAUGGGCGAUUCACAAUAGUGCGCCUCCAAGAGUUUGCAACGCAUUGGCCAAUCACAACGCUCAAAAUUUGUCA